UUCUGCUGCGAUGGAGCUGUUUUUUCUCUCUGUGUGAAUCUUUUGGUCGUUGUGGCCUCUGCUAUGGAGCCGUGUGAGGACAGAGAAACGACUCUGUGUGGGGAACAUGACAGCCAGACCAAAGCUCAGAGGAAGAGACCAGACUCCCCAGAACCUGAACCUGGAUCUGGACCUGAACCAGAGUCUGGACCUGAGCCCAGCUGUGUGUCCAUGAAGAGUGACCGGUCUAUGGGUCGCUUUAUUAACUUAAAAGUUGGACAACCGGGAUCUGGACUUGAACCUGAACCAGAAUCUGGACCUGAGCCCAGCUGUAUGUCCAUGAAGAGUGACCGGUCUAUGGGUCGCUUUAUUAACUUAAAAGUUGGACAACCGGGAUCUGGACCUGAACCUGAACCAGAAUCUGGACCUGAACCCAGCUGUGUGUCCAUUAAGAGUGACCAGUCUAUGGGUCGCUUUAUUAACUUAAAAGUUGGACAACCAGGAUCUGGACCUGAACCUGAACCAGAAUCUGGACCUGAACCCAGCUGUGUGACCAUUAAGAGUGAUCGGUCUAUGGGUCGCUUUAUUAACUUAAAAGUUGGACAAGCAGCUGAUGGAAGAGUUCAGCAGCAGAGCUCAGAGGGUCUCCGUGGUGAGUCUGCCCCACAACAUCAAACAGAUCUGGACUCCAUAUUUAUGCUGCUGGAGGAGAACAUCGUCACUUUUGUGAAGAACGAGCUGAAGAAGAUCCAGAAGGUUCUGAAUCCAGAUUACCUAGAGAGUCAAAGGGAGGAUGAGGAGGUGUUGGAGGAUGAGGAUGAGGAGCAGAGGAGGAGAAGCAGAGAGGAGUUUCUGAAGAUCACACUUCACUUUCUGAGAAGAAUGAAGCAGGAGGAGCUGGCUGACUGUCUGCAGAGCAGAACUCUUGCUGCAGUGUGCCAACAUAAACUGAAGUCUAACCUGAAGAGGAAGUUCCAGUGUGUGUUCGAAGGGAUCACUAAAGCAGGGAACCCAACCCUUCUGAAUCAGAUUUACACAGAGCUCUACAUCACAGAGGGGGGGACUGCAGAAGUCAAUGAUGAACAUGAGGUCAGACAGAUUGAAACAGCAUCCAUCAAACCAGACAGACCAGAAACAACAAUCAGACAAGAAGACAUCUUUAAAGCCUCACCUGGAAGAGAUGAACCAAUCAGAACAGUACUGACAAAGGGAGUGGCUGGCAUUGGGAAAACAGUCUUAACACAGAAGUUCACUCUGGACUGGGCUGACAACAAAACCAACCAGGACAUCCACUUCACAUUUCCAUUCACUUUCAGAGAGCUGAAUGUGCUGAAAGAGAAAAAGUUCAGCUUGGUGGAACUUGUUCAUCACUUCUUUCCUAAAACCAAAGAAGCAAGAAUCUGCAGGUUUGAAGAGUUCCACAUUGUGUUCAUCUUUGAUGGUCUGGAUGAGUGUCGACUUCCUCUGGACUUCCACAACGCUGAGAUCCUGACUGAUGUCACAGAGUCCACCUCAGUGGAUGUGCUGCUGACAAAUCUCAUCAGGGGCAAACUGCUUCCCUCUGCUCACCUCUGGAUAACCACACGGCCUGCAGCAGCCAAUCAGAUCCCUGCUGACUGUGUUGACAUGGAGACAGAGGUCAGAGGGUUCACUGAGCCACAAAAGGAGGAGUACUUCAGGAAGAGAUUCAGAGAUGAGGAGCAGGCCGGCAGAAUCAUCUCCCACAUCAAGACAUCACGAAGCCUCCACAUCAUGUGCCACAUCCCAGUCUUCUGCUGGAUCUCUGCUACAGUUCUGGAUCUGUUGAAAACCAGAGAGGGAGGAGAGCUGCCCAAGACCCUGACUGAGAUGUACAUCCACUUCCUGGUGGUUCAGUGCAAAGUGAAGAACAUCAAGUAUGACGGAGGAGCUGAGACAGAUCCACAGUGGAGUCCAGAGAACAGGAAGAUGAUUGAGUCUCUGGGAAAACUGGCUUUUGAUCAGCUGCAGAAAGGAAACCUGGUCUUCUAUGAAUCAGACCUGACAGAGUGUGAUAUCGAUAUCAGAGCAGCCUCAGUGUACUCAGGAGUGUUCACACAGGUCUUUAGAGAAGAGAGAGGACUGUAUCAGGACAGGGUGUUCUGCUUCGUCCAUCUAAGUGUUCAGGAGUUUCUGGCUGCUCUUCAUGUCCAUCUGACCUUCAUCAAGUCUGGAGUCAAUCUAAUAGCAGAGGAACAAUCAACCUCCUGGUGGUUGAUUCUUCUUGGAAUCAAACCUGAAACAACACGUCUCUACCAGAGUGCUGUGGACAAGGCCUUACAGAGUCCACAUGGACACCUGGACUUGUUCCUCCGUUUCCUCCUGGGUCUUUCUCUGCAGACCAAUCACACUCUCCUCAGAGGCCUGCUGACACAGACAGGAAGUAGCUCACAGACAAAUCAGGAAACAGUCGAAUACAUCAAGAAGAAGAUCAGUGAGGAUCUUUCUCCAGAGAGAAGCAUCAACCUGUUCCACUGUCUGAAUGAACUGAAUGAUCGUUCUCUAGUGGAGGAGAUCCAACAGUCCCUGAGAUCAGGAAGUCUCUCCACAGAUGAACUAUCUCCUGCUCAGUGGUCUGCUCUGGUCUUCAUCUUACUGUCAUCACAAACAGAUCUGGACUGCUUUGACCUGAAGAAAUACUCUGCUUCAGAGGAGGCUCUUCUGUGGCUGCUGCCAGUGGUCAAAGCCUCCAACAAAGCUCUGCUGAGUGGCUGUUACCUCUCAGAGAGAAGCUGUGAUGCUCUGUCCCUAGUCCUCAGCUCCCAGUCCUCUAGUCUGAGAGACCUGGACCUGAGUAACAACGAGCUACACGAUUCAGGAGUGAAGUGUUUUUCUGUUGGACUGAAGAGUCUACACUGCAGACUGGAAACUCUCAGUCUGUCAGGCUGUAUGAUCUCAGAGGAAGGCUGUGCUUCUCUGGCCUCAGCUCUGAGCUCCAACCCCUCCCAUCUGAGAGAGCUGGACCUGAGCUACAAUCAUCCAGGAGACUCAGGAGAGAAGCUUCUGACUGCUGGACUGAAGGAUCCACACUGGAGACUAGACACUCUCAGGAUAGACCAUGGUGGACUGCAGAGACUGAGACCUGGUGUGAGGAAGUAUGUCUGUGAACUGGAACUGGACACAAACACAGUACACAGAGAGCUCAAACUGUCUGACAACAACAGGAAGGUAACAUGUGUGGAGGACGAUCAGUCAUAUCCUGAUCAUCCAGACAGAUUUUACUGGUGGUCUCAGCUGCUGUGUAGAACUGGUCUGACUGGUCGGUGUUACUGGGAGGUCGAGUGGAGAGGCAGAGUUUAUAUAUCAGUGAGUUACAGAGGAAUCAGCAGGAGAGGAGGCAGUAAUGACUGUGUGUUUGGAAGGAAUGAUCUGUCCUGGAGUCUAUGCUGCUCUGAUGAUAGUUACUUUGUCAGGCACAAUAACAGAAGCACACAACUCUCCUACUCAUCCUCGUCCUCCUCUGGUAAAGUAGCAGUGUAUGUGGACUGUCCUGCUGGCACUCUGUCCUUCUACAGAGUCUCCUCUGACACACUGAUCCACCUCCACACCUUCAACGCCACAUUCACUGAACCUCUUUAUCCUGGGUUUAGGUUAAAGUUCCCUGGUUCCUCAGUGUCUCUGUGUCCUCUGCAGGUCUGAGAGUCUCUCCUGUGGACAGAAACUCUGCUGACUGAAAUCAAAGUACAGUCUGUUCACCAUCACUCACAAUCUGCAAUGUGAAGCAGAUCUGUCUCAGAUUCAAACACAAAACAUUAAUUUGUCUGAUUUCCUGUCUUUGAUGAUCAGUGUUUUUCACUAGAAACACUUUGUGGUGUGUAACAUCUGCCUCCUCCCUGGUGCUGUGACUCUGUGGGACACACUGUAUAAAGCUGAAAGAAUGUAAAGGGUAUCUGUGUCCAUGUACACAUGCUGUAAUAAACUUGUAUUAAAUUAUUUUUAGGGAAGGUGCAGGAAGCCUGAUAGCUUUGGGGCUUUAGACUCAGCAGCAGCACAGUAACAUCUGCUGAUUUGUAAAGCUUACAGCAGCUCUUAAACACUGAAGCUCCACCUCCCUGACUUUAAUAGUUUCAGUCUCAUAUGCUUCUAAUAUCAAUCCCAACAGCCUGCGUGUUAUUAUUCAGACAGUCAUAUGCUGCAUUAAGUGUAGAUGGUAUUGUUCAAUAUGUUACUGUAAAAUAAUGAAUAAAUUAAUAAUAUAUAUAUAAAUACAGGCCCAGUGUUCACUGUGUGAUCGUGCUUUUUAACAUCAGAUGGAAAUAUUCUCAUACUUAUGAUAAUGUAUUUUUACUGCCAUCUCUCUUAUUGAAGUCAUUCUCUUCUUAGCAUGCUAACAUAGUUUAGCUGCUAAACUUCAAAAAGUAUGACAUGAUUAAGCUGUUUGAUAUUCAUCAAUCAGAAUGAAAAUAUUGAUGACUAACUUUCCCCUCGUGAAUCAUAUCGAAACUUCUGUGUCAGUUAAAUCUCAAUUAAUCCUUAGAUUACUUAUUUUCUUUUUUGAAUUGUGCAUCUCAAAUCUUCCAUUUUUGUUCAUUAACUGGCCUCUGGCCAUUAAUGUGACUGAUCUUUGCAGCCAUUGCUGCUCUCAAUAAAAGAGCGCAAUGAGCACUGAAUGU